AUGAAGCUGGAGAGCGAGAAGGAGAAGGAUAAGGAGAGGCGCACUGGCGACCCGCCCAAGUACCUAAACGAGGAAUUCUUCAAGGCCGCCCUAGAGGAUGGCCUGCGCGACAUGCGUGUGGAUAUCAAGAAGAUCAUAUUCGCCGAAUCGAGUGGCGGCGGUGGGGAGAAUUACUGCAGCAAGAUCUAUCGCGCCAGGGCUCUGUACCGGAGCAGCAAGCGGCAGCUGGACGAGGAGCUGGCGAUGAUAGUCAAGAGCAUUGCCAUCACACCGGCCACCCAGUUCCUCGAGGAGCUGGCCGUCUACCUGCGCGAGAAGAUCUUCUACUUCGAUGUGCUCGGCAAGCUGGAGGUGCUCAUUGGCGACGGCUCCAAGUUUGGGGCCAAGUGCCUCUACACGACCCGCGAGCCCAUCCAGACGAUCGUCUUCGAUGACCUCACCCAGUACGGCUACAAGCUGGCCAGCCGCCAGAGCGGCCUCAACGAGGAGCACUGCGUGGUGAUCCUCAAGAAGCUGGGCAAGUUCCAUGCCAGCUCCAUGCUCCUGGCCCAGAAGGAGCCCGGCGUGGGGGAGCACUUCACCAGCGGCAUGCUGGACGAGAACUACAUACGGACAAACGAGCGUUUCAUCAACUUCAUGGCCCUGCAGCUGCGAACGCUGGCCAAUCUGGUGGCCGAGUGGCCCGGCUAUGAGCAGCUGGCGGACAAGCUGCACCGCCACUGCGACAACAUCAAGGAGAACCUGGUGACGACCGGUCGGUCCCUGCCCGGGGAGAUAACCGUGCUGAAUCACGGCGAUCUCUGGGUGAACAAUUUCAUGUACAAAUACGACGACGAGCAGCCCACAAAGCCCAUAGAUGCAAUCUUUGUGGACUUUCAGAACAGCUUUUUCGGGAGUCCCGGAUGCGACAUCAACUUCUUUCUGAACAGCAGCGUCCAGCUGGAUGUGCUCAUCCACCGGCGGGAGUUCCUCAUCCAGACCUACUACGGCGCCCUGCGCGAGAGCCUCGAGCGGAUGCACUUUGAGUUUGUGCCGAGCUAUGCGGACAUCCAGCAGGAGAUUAGGGCCCGAGAGCUGUACGGCUUCUUCUCGUCGUACGCCUUCCUGCCGAUGGUCACAAUGAAGAAGGAGGACUCGUACGACAUCAGCAUCGAGGCCCUCAGUGAUCCGGACUUUGCCAAGACGAAGGUCCAGCUGAUGUUCUCCUCCAAUCCCCGCACCACGGACACCCUGCGCUAUGCCCUCCGUCGCUUCGAUGAGCUCGGCAUAUUCGAUUGAUCCGACCUUCGAUUGUGAGGGCCUGUGGGGGGAUGUCUGAUCGGUCUAUUUAUAUUCAAUCUAUCAUCGGCUUAACGUUUUUUUUGGCACCAAUUCGUACUAUGUGUGUUUUUUUUUAUGUUGUUUUUUGUUACUUUUAAUCGGUACGUAGUCGUAAGCGCAAUCUAAACAUUAAAUACUAUACAUAUGUAUA